AUGGAGCCACUCUUGCCGACCAAAGUUGUGGGCAUGGGCAGCGGAGCAGCCCCGGUGCUGCGGAGUUGCGCUCAGCCACCAGUGUCGCCGGCGGGAAUCUUGAACCGUGGCCUGCAGCUGCUUCCUGUGGCAAUCGGCCUUGCCAGCAAAGUGGUCCGCACUGGCAAGGCGCAGUGGAAGGACGUUGUGGGUCAUGAGACCAAAGUCGGGCCAGAGGGCAGGAAGAGGUUGCGCCCUGGCGCGCAGUUUCUGAACCCCAUCGCCCCAGCAGUGCCGGCGCGCCUGCCUUCUGCGCCCUCGGCGCAUCGGGAUGGCUUUGCAAAGCGCGAGGACUGGGGAGCCCACACCCACGUCCCUGAAGCGCCCUCGUCUUUCUGUUGUUCCUAA